GCUCACCUCAACUAAUUCCUCCUCAUGGCGGCGACGUAUGCGGUGGCCGGGGUUGUCCUCGGUAUUGUGAGCACCUUAUUCGAAGAAGGAGGUGUAUUGACAGGAAGUGAGUCCAGUGAUGUGAUUCUUCACAUCAGGGUUGGUCCUUCUGGGGGUCGAUUCUACGGUGUGUACGAAGCAGAGGGGUGCACGGACAAGGGCUGGGUCGGAAAAGGCACCUUCGAUAUGUGUUUGGGACCGUACGAAUCACUCAAGGAGAAGGAGGGCAUCUCCUGCAAAAAAUUUCUGCACCGCAUCACUCUGACUCCUUACCCGAAACGCAAUAAGAGGAUUGACAUACUCUAUUUGGAGAUUCACCUUGGCCAAAAGCUUACGGGGGCACGCAAGCUGAUCCGCUUCUGGCCAGAGCAGAUGUGCAACUACUGCGAGUACUGCAGGGACGUAGGUGGGGGUUUCUUAGAGGCUCCCUUUUAUUUUGAGGGCAAGGUGUUCACCACCACAAGCGAGUUCAGGUCAGGAAUCUCGAGUAUGAAUGAAAAAGUGUUCUGCUUGCAUGCCGACAGGCACCUUACGUUUCACACAGGGACUUGGAGCAGUGCAUCGGCUCUGAAUUGGAAGGAACAGGAGAAGUAUUGCAACGCCCAAAUGAACCUUGCGGAGCUGACCAUCAACAAACAACCCAGCAGUUGCAACUUCGGAGCGGCGGCGGCGGCGGCCGCUGAUGAGGACAGUGAGGAGUCCAAGAACAAACAAGUCUUCCUGGCCAGCAAGACCCUCUUCUCCAAGAAAAAGACCGUGCCGAUCACCUUCCAUGAAAGGGAUGUGUUCCAUGUUGGACUCAACAAAACCGGGGACCUGCACGUGACAGUGGAUGUGGCCCCAGAAGAAAGUUGCCGCUUUCUCCUGGGACAUCCUGACCAUCUCAAUGCUGCUGAAGACCCGCAGCUUCUGCGACGUGCAUGUCCGACGUGUGUCUCGGUUCUCCGAAGGAACUUCCGAGACAUCAAGGGACGUCUGAGCAGGCAAGUCAAUUAUUGACCAGAGGUCCCCAACGGCACGUGGUAACUCUGUCCAUGGACAGCAUCGAACAAAUCCAAAGUUCCAUA